CACCGCGCAAACCCACCCUGCGAUCGUUUGCCCCCCAUACAGGCUGAUCCUUGAGGGGUUUUCUUGUUCUCAUCAUAUACAAUGGCUGGAAGUGAGGCUUUUCGCGCAUUUCGAUGGCUCACUCGCAGCUCGGGGGGGCUGCUCUCCGGGGCUGAGUCGACAACGCAACGAUGCCUAACUAAGUCCCUGUCACGCUCGAUGGCCACCGAGGCCACCGCUCCCACCGACCACCUGACGCGAGAGAUCCCUAAGCCCGUAUGGAACCCCGAGCCCGUCAAGGCGACCACCUACUCGUUCCCUUCGAUGGAACCCCUGCGCUUCGUCGAAUACCCCCGCAAUCACCUUCUCAUGCCGCUUCGCAAAGACAUCCUGCACCGUGCCGUCAUCUACGAAGGUGAUGCGACCCGGCAAGGUACCGCCAGCACCAAGUACAGGAAAGACGUGUUUGGCUCGAACAGGAAGUUGUACGCACAAAAGGGCACCGGUCGGGCGCGUGUCGGUGACAAGAAGUCUCCCAUCCGCAAGGGCGGAGGUGUUGCCUUUGGUCCUCAUCCCCGAGACUUCUCGACGGAUCUCCCCCGCAAGAUCUACGACCAGGCGUGGCGGAUAGCCCUCAGUUACCGGUACAAGCGCGGUCAGCUCAUCAUCAUCGACAAUGAGAUGGCUCUGCCGGAGGACGCCACCCCCUACCUGCUCAAGCAGAUCUUCAAGGUCAACGGCUGGGGCCGCGAGUUCGGACGGUCGACCUUGAUCACAAACCGCGUGAACGAUAACCUCUUUGGUCUGGUGGAAGAGCUGGGCGAGCAUGCCAAGAUCCUCGACCGUCGUGACGUGGAUGUCAAGGAUCUGCUGGAGACGGGUCGCCUGGUCAUUGAGAAGAGGGCGUUGGAUCGUAUCCUGGCUCAACAUUCGAAGGACUUGCAGAACGAGCCCAAGAAGGCUUUGUAUUAAACUGCAAUUUGCUGGGCAAUGGGUUUAUGUAUGUUUUGGGAGUGUCUUUAUUACCGCGAUAGGGUUUUCUUCUGCCUGUACAAAUAGAAUUGAGCAAUGUAUGAUGGGUCCUUA